AAUUGCCAGACCAAAUCUGAAGCACCCAUUACAUUAAAUAAUAAUAAUAAAUAGAUACACAAAGUUCUAUGCGUACUUCAAAAUUUUGCAGACAAAAAUUAGGAUUAGUAUGAAUUUCUCCCGUCUGUAGAAAAGUUGCAAAGCCUGACACGGCGGUUAGAAGUAAAAGUCUAGAAAAGUAAAGGCAUCUCACCCCCGCUCCCGUCUUCCUCACCAAAAACCCCACUCUCUCCGGUGAGCCAGCCGGUCUCUUCCUCCCCAAACCCUUGCCUCUCUCUCUCCCUCUCCCCGGCGAGGCGGCGAGGCGGAAACCUACCCGCAGACCGGAUGGCUCGGAGCCUUGGAGUUAAGCUUGCGCCCACCAUGGUUGCAGAUAUCACAGGGUUAGGAACAUUUGCAAUCGUGUUCAACGUGCUGUCUGUCAUUAUCGACAUUGUUCCUCUAUGUGUUCUGCUGAUCUCUUCAGACUGGAGGGAAGCAAAGAAGUUUUUCACUGAGCAAGGGUUUGCAAUUGGAGCUGUGAUGAACUUGAUGCUGAUGGCCUACGUGCAGUUUGUGGCUGAUGACCAGCACCCGGAUGUUUUCCUUGUCAGUGCAGUGGGUUUCAUCCUUGGAACUGCAUACACAUUCUUUCUGUUGGCCCACCGUGUGGUUACAGCAGAUAGAGUACGCAUGGCACGGUUUUGGAUGGCGGUUGUGCUCAUAAGCUUUCUCAUUGCUUGCACCGGUUUACUCAGUGGGAUCCUUAAGCAUCACAGGAGCAAUGGUCAUGGCAUUUUCGGGGUGCUCUUUGUGGCUUUAGCCGCACUCAAUGGAUUUACUCUAUACCCGAUAAUAACCUGUAAACCAUUUCCAGACCAGCAAACUAGGGUUCACGCCUGGUGCAUGUGUUUCCUGAACUUAGUUGAUUCAUUAUUCUUCGUUUUUUACGCCAAGGCACUUCAGUCCGCUGAUGGAGUUCUAUCGCUUGUGAGCACCAUCAAUGCCGCUUGCGGUGUGGUUCAGCUCAUCGCGUUGGCCGUCCCGGUGUUUCUGAGGUGGUUACGUAAAGUGGGUGCUUACUUGCGGAGCUGCGGCGAAAGCUGCGGCGGAUGCUUUCGUCUCAUCGCCACACUGCUUGAUCUGCAUGGCGAGUGAACAGGGAUAAAGGAAGGGUUUAAGUUAUGCUGCUGCCUGCUGGAAGUGAACUUAUAUGGAUUUUUCAUAUGCAAAACUUGGUUGAUUGGAAGCUUUCGUACGCUGCUACUCUGUAUUCUGUAAUGAUGCUGUGUGUCGAUACAGCUAGCUGACGACCAGGAGAUCUUUUGGUAGACUUAUCUGAAAAGCUCAUCAUGGUUUUUAUGUUCUCCUUUGACGGAUGAUUUUCCCUUUAUUUCCUAUCCAUUUCGCUCAUACCGCCCUUUCUCACUCUGUUGGACACGGGCUGACAUCAC